UUUUUUUUCUUUUUUCUUUCACAAGCCCGUCAGUCAACUCAAUCCAUAAUGUCUUUCGCUGGUGUUCCCAACAACGGUCCCCUCUCUGCCGAGCAAUUUUACCAAGAAGCUAUCAAUGAGUCUGAUGCAGCCAAGCGCCGCCGUUUGUUUGCGGAUGCACGCCAGUCCAAUCCCGCUAACUAUCAGCUAUGGGUCAAGGCAGCUGAGGUUGAAGAGCACUGGGGAGCAGACGAGGAGAAGCUCAAGGACCUGUUGACUAGGGGCGUGACCGUUUUCAAGAAUCCUGCUGGCGCCUCCUGCACCGAGAACCAUGAUCAUUCACAACAUGGCUUCACAGACGGACCCCAACCUGUUGACAAGCAUCAGUGGCUUUCUGAGGCGACUUCGGCACAGAGCAAAGGCAAAGGCAAAACUGCUGCUGCUUUGCAGGAAGUUGUUGGUGAGGUUUUAUAAAAAUCUAUUUAAUAUUCGUCCAUAGAACUGUAACUUACUACAAAAUUGGUACGUCGGACACAGCGUAUGAAACCAAAAGCAACUUGAUUACGAAUCCUGCAAAAAUUGUCAAUACUCCACAAUAGAAACCAAUAAAGAGCUUCUUAGUGUGCGCGUCGCAUACGUGUAUACGUGCAUGGGAGUCACAGCCCCCUUGUAAGGUUUUGGGGUAAUGUCAGGUGACGAUCGAAGACUAAUCGAUCGUACUGGAUGUCAAAAAGAUGUCAUAUUGUCGAAACGCGAAGAAAACCCAUUUUUUUUUUUGCGAUAUACUUGAAACACGCCCUUCAACAUUUGGGAACCGAAAUAAUAUGAAUAAUAUGACCCCUGUGAUCUGAAAACUGCCAAGAGUCUUGGAGAAAAGUAUUGACGGAGGAAGGGCUCACCGAAUACGUUAUUUUAUUGAUCAGUGAACCCGAAAAUAGAG